ACAGCUGAUCUUUCGCCGUUGUCGUGGCAACAGCUGACUCGGGCCUACCCUCCCUCCCAAACUGCCCAGUUUCACGAAAAUUCCAGCAAAAUGGAUCUCUGUAACUUCGGUAUAUUUUUUAUUCUGUUUCUUGGCUUUGGGGUGAAAUUUAACGAAUCUACGGAUUUAUACUCUUUGACUGUUAACGAUUUGCAAGGAAACAGUGUUCCAAUGAGUGUCUUUAAAGGAAAGGUCUUGCUUAUUGUGAAUGUUGCCAGUGAGUGCGGCUACACAGAUCAGCAUUACAAAGAGCUGGUUGAGCUGCAGUCCAAAUUCUACGACGAAGAUUUCAGUGUCCUUGCAUUCCCCUGCAACCAGUUUGGCAAACAGGAGCCUUUGAGAAACAGUGGCAUUGCACGAUUUGUCAAAAACAAAUACGACGUGAAUUUCCCUGUCUUUUCCAAAAUCAAAGUAGUUGGUGAAGAUGCCCACCCUGUGUACAAGUACCUGUAUGAGAGCGUGAGAAUGGAGCCGCAGUGGAACUUUGGCAAGUACCUCGUUAGCAGAGCUGGAAGAGUGAUUCAAUUUUGGAAUCAACAAAAUUCACCACUGAGCCUUGUCAAGUUUGUUCAGAAGCACUUACAUAUGGCCAUGGUUGAUGAUUACGAAGUCUAUAAUGUUUAUAAGGAGCUGUGAUGACAAAGGAAGACAGAUCCUGGGGAACUCCCUUAGAUAAGGUCGGGGAUGCUCAGCAUCUCACUUAUGGGUGUAAAUCGCAGAUUUUUAUCUAACCUAGGAUGUACCAUGGUGACUUUUUUUUUUUUUGCAACAAAGGGUCUUUUAGGGAUCGAAUAAAGCUCAAACACACCCAGAUCAGUCUCCUUAGGGUUUAAUUCAAAUUUUUUGAUGAGCAUCUCCAACCUUUUCACAUGGGAGUCCCCGUUCAAGAUACGGACUAAGUAAAAUGUUAAGUUAAGUGUGAGCUUGAACAUUUAGAAUUGUCCUUCAUCAAAUGCUGGUAUUGUUGGCCUGUUACUCCUCAUGGGGUGACUUAUUAAAAUAAGUAAAUUGACCAAGUUUGAAGAAUGAGGCAAUUAUCUUGUCAUCUAACUGAACUAACUUGGUCAAAAAAGGAUUUGUUAUGAUGUAGCAGAAAUGUUGAGAGGACAAGAUGGCCAAAUCUAUUCUGCUAAGGAAGGUAGGAUUUGGUUCAUCUUACCCGCUCACAGAGAAAGCCAAAUAAUCAAAAAUUCUACUCUCUUUCCAAGGAAACCACAGCUAAUCUGAGACUGUUUUGUGAUAAACAUUAAUCACAAGCAAGCUCGAACAUGAAUGCUCACUAGUCUGAGAGGACGUAGUACAUUUGUCUGCACUAUAUGAUCUUAUUAGUUUCUGCAUGUCAUGUGAAGGUCAGUUGGCGAAGACAAAAUGGAUCAUUUAUGUUUAAGUAACCAACUUUGAAUUUGACAUCAUCAGAAAAUUACUGCACAAUUGCUCAAGAUGCUAAAUCCAGUAGUGUUAGUAGUGAAAGGACCAUGUUGGGUUUGCUAUCAUCUGAAAAAAAAUUGAUAUUACAGUGCUUGCCAAAAAAAAAUUUGGACAAUUUUAAUGUUGGACAAAAAUGGUGUCCGAGAAAAAAAAAUACAGAUCCAAAAUUUGCAAGUGUCCAAAAUAUUUGCUGUACAGUAUAGAAAUUUAGCACACUGCUUGAGGUCUGCAACAAAUUGUUGGAUUUGUAUAUAUUUUCUUUGGUGUAUCUCUAAAACCUUGAGAGUGCAGUCAAAAUAUCAUUUUCACAGAUUUCUAUUUUCGGUCUAAUUCCUGUUUUCUAGGCAAAAAUUUACGGUAGCUAUUUUUCAUCACAGUGUCCAAAAUUUUUGUCUGAAACUUGUCUGAAAUGAGAUAAAAAAUUGUCUCUUAAAAUUAAACAUCUGGAAUAAAAUGUCUGAAAUUUUAAUGUUCAAAACUUUUUGCAAGUAUCGUAAUUAGUGCAACAUUGACUAUAAUUGUUUAUCUCGUCACUUUUUGUAUAAAUUUGACUUUUUUUUCCCAUGACCUAUCAGAAAUGUGACAUAAUUCAUAAUUAGUCAUUAACUAUAAUUUUUUCCAUUUGUUCUUACUUUGAAAUUACCAGAAACCGUUGCUAUUCAACAUAAAGUAGAAGAAUAAUUUAAAUAGAUAAAUGAAUAAUAGAUAGUAAGCAAAUAGACAUAAACCAAAUAUAGCAGGUAUAAAGUAAAGAGAAAUGCGAUGAACGUUUUGCAAUAUGCACUAGUUUCAGGAAAGGAAUAUUUUGAAACAUUUUAUGAAUUUUAAAGAAGUUGACAUAUUUGUAAAAACAGUAAUAAUUCAACAAGCAGAAAUAAGAUUUUGUAAAACUGAGGCCUCAGUAACUGUCA